AUGGAUAACGAAGAUCUUAUCGAUUACGAGGAGGAGGUUACUGUACCUUCCACCACAAAUGGAGCUUCUGCAACUGCCGCAGCUGCAGCAGAUGGUGAAGCAAAAGACAGCAAAAAGGGAUCAUACGUUGGUAUCCACUCCACAGGUUUCCGUGACUUCUUGUUGAAGCCGGAAUUGCUACGUGCAAUCGCUGAUUUGGGUUUCGAACAUCCAUCAGAAGUGCAACAGGAAUGCAUUCCUCAAUCAAUGCUCGGAAUGGAUGUCAUUUGCCAGGCCAAAUCUGGUAUGGGAAAGACAGCAGUCUUUGUCUUGGCUACAUUGCAACAAAUUGAACCUGUUGAUGGUGAUGUUAGUGUCAUUGUUCUCUGUCACACACGUGAACUUGCCUACCAAAUCCGUAACGAAUACGUUCGAUUCUCAAAGUACAUGCCAAACGUUCGCACAUCCGUCUUUUACGGUGGUACGCCAGUUGCUAACGAUCAAGCAAUUUUGAAGGAUAAGACCAAAUGUCCUCACAUCAUUGUUGGAACACCAGGUCGUAUGAAUGCUUUGGUAAGAGAUAAGAGCCUAAAGACGAGCGGAGUGAAGAAUUUCAUCUUGGAUGAAUGUGACAAGAUGUUGGAACAGAUCGAUAUGCGUCGUGAUGUUCAAGAUAUCUUCCGUGCCACACCUCAUCACAAGCAAGUGAUGAUGUUCUCCGCUACGCUCUCAAAGGAAGUACGACCUACCUGCAGAAAGUUCAUGGAUAACCCACUUGAAAUUUACGUUGAUGAUGAGACAAAAUUGACAUUGCAUGGAUUGCAACAACACUUUGUUCGAUUGGAAGAAGGUCAAAAGAAUCGCAAAUUAAACGAUUUGCUUGAUUCACUUGAAUUCAACCAAGUCGUUAUCUUUGUUAAAUCAAUUGCCCGUGCUAACGAAUUGAACAAACUGUUAGUCGAAUGCAAUUUCCCCAGUAUUUGCAUUCAUGCCGGUAUUCCACAAGCAGAACGUAUUGAACGAUACCAACAAUUCAAGCAAUUCGAAAAGCGUAUUUUGGUUGCAACUGAUAUCUUUGGACGUGGUAUCGAUAUCGAACGUGUGAACGUUAGUAUCAGUUAUGAUGCACCAACGGAUGCUGAUUCAUACUUGCACAGAUCUGCUCGUGCUGGUCGUUUUGGUACAAAAGGUCUUGCAAUCGUCUUUGUCUCAUCUGAAGGAGAUGAAGAGGUUCUCAAGCAGAUUCAAUCAAGAUUCGAAGUGGCCAUUCCUGAAUUACCAGACACGAUUGAUUCAUCGACAUACAUGUCAUAA